AUGAAGUGCCUGAUUUUGGCCUUUGCAAUUGCCGCUGUUCUAGUUUCCCAGGUCACAGCUGAAAAUGUGAUUUUCGGCGGAGUCUGCCGGGAUUGCAGUCCGCCGGUUGCGGAAAACGUGGUGGUAGGUUGUGAAAUCUACAGAACUGGCCGACCGGGACAGGGAACCGUCUACAUCAACUCCCCCAGCGCCUAUCCAAAUGCUUUGGAAGGGCCCAUUCAACAGCCGGUGGCAAGUCCACCACCUGCUUCAGCCAAAGUACUGGACGGCGGCGUCCGGUAUCCUGAUGGGUACAGUGGUCUCCUGCCUGAAGGAACCUACCUGCACAACGAGGACUGCGUCGGCUGCAGCAUCAGCGGGGGCGGCGACCGAAAACUGCUAAAUUCUAAUUUGCAAUUGUAA